AUGGCGGCUGAUCUAUACGAGCAAUCUUCGUCUCCUCUCUCCAAAUCUCCAUGGUCAUCUCACGUAGACGCCCCUCCUUCUUCUGCACCCGCCAUGGAAGAUAGCUCAUCGUCCAGUAUUUUGUUGGGGUCGUUAAUCCGUGAAGAAGGCCAUAUAUACUCGCUUGCGGCAUGCAAAGAUUUGUUGUAUACAGGAUCCGACAGCAAGAACAUUCGAGUAUGGAAGGACCACAAGGAAUUUUCCGGGUUCAAAUCGAAUAGUGGUCUGGUUAAAGCAAUUGUGAUUGCAGGAGAAAGAAUCCUGACGGGUCAUCAAGAUGGAAAGAUCCGGGUCUGGAAAGUCUCCGCCAAGGAUGAAACUCUGUACAAGCGAAUGACCACCAUGCCAACUCUAAGAAACUACAUCAAAUGCGCAACGAAACCCAGCAAUUACGUGGAAAGUCAGGACAAACGACAUCGCAGCAAGCUCUGGAUCAAGCACUACGACGCCAUCUCCUGCCUCGGCCUUACAGAAGAUUGCUCCCUCAUUUACUCUGCCUCUUGGGAUAAAACGUUCAAAGUGUGGCGAGCAGCAAACUACAAAUGCCUAGAAUCCGUAACCGCUCACGACGACGCCGUCAACGCUUUGGUUCUGGGAUUCGACGGAUUGGUGUUCACAGGUUCCGCCGACGGCACCGUGAAGGCAUGGCGGAGGGAGGUACAAGGAAAAGGAACAAAGCAUUCUUUUUCAAGUGUAUUGAUGAAGCAAGAGUGUGCGAUAACAGCAUUGGCAAUAAACCCAGAAGGGACCGUUCUGUAUUGUGGUUCGUCCGAUGGGUUGGUGAAUUUCUGGGAGUGGGACAGGAGUCUAUCUCACGGUGGAGUUUUGAGGGGCCAUAAAUUGGCGGUUCUGUGCUUAGCGACGGCACAGAAUCUCUUGUUCAGUGGGUCUGCUGAUAUGUCGGUUUGUGUGUGGAAAAGGUCGUUGAACGGAGAGCAUCACUGUAUGUCGAUUCUGAAUAGCCACACCGGUCCGGUGAAGUGUCUGGCGGUGGAGAAAGAUCACGAGGCUAUGUGCAACGAGCGAAGGUGGAUUCUGUACAGUGGGAGUUUGGACAAGUCAGUGAAGAUGUGGCGAGUUUCGGAGCAACCAUAUGGUCAACAGCAUCAAUCGCAUCGUAAUAGCACUGAAGUUUUCCCCAGAUCUUCGUCUCUGCGAAAAUUGGGAUCAAGAAGAUAUUGA